UUCACAUGCUCUCGGAGUCUCCCCAGUUUGUCGACCAGACGGUCCUUUUCCGAUGGGGGUAGCGAGACUCUACCUGUCAAGGGACCGGCACGAAACGACACUUGUGACCAAAAGACAAAUACUCCCCUUGGCCAUGCUGUUCAAAAUCCAGAUGCACAGGCAACUGUGUCGGCUUGUAACGUCUUUCUGCCAUUGAUCACCAAGACUUUCUCCCCUGCAAGAUGGCCGCCAGCACGCGUCACCUUGAAGUUUACACCCAGUCCAGUUCGGAAAAAGGUCUUUCCUCUGUGACAACUUUGAUCGUCGGUAGCAAGGCAGCAGUGAUCAUCGAUCCACCUUUCUUGGUCCCUGAUGCGAAAGCGGUCGUUGAAAUGGCAAAAUCCAAGACGUCCAAACCCGUCGUGGCAGUUUUUGUCACCCAUCAUCAUCCAGACCAUUAUUUCUCGGCAAACCCCAUACUUGAAGCAUGGCCCAAAGCCAAGUUUCUCGCACACCCUUACGUGCGUGCAGGCAUCGAUCGAGAAUACGACGAGAAGGUGAUCUAUUGGCCCCAGGUUUUCGGUCGCGAAAGUGUUCCAGUCAACCCAAGGAGACCCGAAGUUUAUAACUACUCCUUCUUCAUCCUCGAGGGUGACGAGGCAAGUCCAAUUGCGCUCCUUGGACCUGUCCAGGGUGACUCAGUCGAUCAUACUCUAUUUUGGAUGCCUCGGGAGCGAAUCAUCGUCACUGGUGAUGCCGUAUACGCCCGUACGACACAUGCGUGGGUGGAAGAGAUUGAGACGCCCGAUAUUCUGCAUGCUUGGAACCUGACGCUCCAACUCAUCGAGGCCUUAGAUCCUGUCAAGAUCAUUACUGGCCAUAUCGAGUCUGGAGCGGACUUUGACAAGGAAAAGGACCUCGAGCACAUGCAUCAAUAUCUUGGCUUAUUCGAAGAAAAGAUCACUAAUGCUAAAGAGAAGCCGCAAGUCCAAGACCUCUUCGACGCAUUCAAGACUGCAUUCCCCCAUUGCACGAAGAAUCUUGAUUUCUUCUUAGGUCACUUGAGCAAUCAAUUUGGGGAGGGAGGACAGAAGUGGGAAGAGAACAGACAGCAUGAUGUUGCGAGUCGAACAAGGGACUCACUCGAGGGAUUUCUCUUGGGUACAGGAGCAAGCAAGUGA